UAUGUUUUUUUUUUUUCCUCGUUGCGCUUGCCUACUGCCGUGAGGUACGAACGACACGUACGUUCCUCCAUGGAUUCUUCCUCGCAUCAGGCGAAUGCCACCACGGCCAGCUUUGGGUAGUCGGCCGAGCUCCUCAUCGACGCGACUAAAAUGUACCCAUAUCUGUAUGACAAGCGGCACCCUUCUUUUAAAGAUCGGACAAAGAAGGACCGGGCUUGGGCAGAUCGAAGCAUGUUCGGCAUGUCGAGUGUCCUUGUUGAGAAACGAUUUAAGAACCUGCGUGAUAUCUUCAAAAGGAAACAACACGACAUACGUGAAAAAACAAAGAAGUGGAGCCGGAGCAGCCGACAUUCCAACAAUAAAAUGGCCCCAUUUUGAGGCCAUGCUUGAAUUAAUGGAAGGAGAGUCUGAGCCUGUGGCCAGCCACAUCACAGCAGAAGAGGCUAACGAGAGAUCACCGCCUCGGCCAAGACAUGCAGCGGAACCGGAACGUACCCCUGAUACGGCUGAGGAGACUCGUGUCGACACCUGCAGCAAUGAGUCACGCUCGUCAAGACGACAACGGACCUGCGAGGGCGCUAGCAAUGCAGGAGAGGGCACAAGCCAUGAAGCUGUGGCGCAAGCGUGCAUGGAGCACCUUGAACACAUCAGAGCGAACAAGGGGGUCAUCAAAAAAGAUAACAUUGGUUUCUUCGCUCUACGUACCGAUGCACCCCUCAGAGAGCUACCAGUGCACAUUGCACAAGAUGUAAUGCAUGCAGUAGAACUUAUGCUGUAUGAAGCAGAGGCAAAAUUGCAUCAGAGCAGUGAAGCAAAUUGAAGUGUUUAUAUAUAUAAAGUCAAUGACACCCACCUUUUUUUAUCUUGUGUUCACUUUUCUAGUCCUAACUUAAAGGGGUCAUGACUGGUCACUCAACAAUUGACGGUUGUCAGCAAAAAACAAAACUACAGAGUAAAAUGUGCUAGUACACGUGUGAAAAGGGGCCUUAAGAGAUUAUUUUAGUCAAAAAUAUGCCGUAGAAGUGCUCGGCUCCUAAAACUCAACCUACCACAAGUGACCGCCAUUUUGUCAUGGCGUGCGCGACGUCACAAGCCGAAGGAGCAGUGGCAAAUGGUAUACGCAUUGCACAUUCACGAAAUUAUUUGCUGCAAGUACCAACGCUACAUUGCUGACACAGUAGCCAUGUUUCGACCCCUGGAAGUCAUUUAGCUUUAGUGGAGAGUUCAACAAUGCAAAAAAAUUUGAUUGCAAACGCAGCUGAUGACAAAACACGACCGUCUGCCAGAAUGCACACUGUGCAGCAGCUUGUCGAGCAAGCGGUUCGUGAUGUCAUGGAUAGUGAGUGCAUCAGUAUUGCCCAACUGUCAGGCGACUAGCUCGUUUAUAAAAAUAUGCGAUUAAAAAUUAGCAGCUUGACCAAAUCGCUCGAAUUUCACCAGCUUAUAUGUGAACAUACAAGAAUCAGCUCAUGCAACACACAUUAUGGUUGAAAAUUGGGUGUCAUGACCCCUUUAAGGCCACUUAUUUCUGUGAUAAUUAUAGCGAUAACCGUGCAAUAACUCAAAUAUUUUAACAUGAAUUAUUUAUUUUUGUGUUUUCAUGGUUAUAUUUGGACAUGACAGUUUUCCCUGUAAUGUAUCUGUUGUGUCACGGGUGAUUUUUUUCUUCUUUGUUUAGCUUAAGAAGAUGCUAUGUACAUAAGUUCUGUAAGCAAUAAAAUGCAUUUACAACCCACC